UGGAGCAGCUCGCUCGCUCUCUCUCUCUCUGUUGGAGAGUGUUGCACUGACGCACCACUGCAUCAUCUUGCUCCUCAAAGAUUGUCGCGGCUUCAUUUGGCAGUUUUCUGAAGGGAUAUGCGAUCAAAUCGUCAAAGAGCCGCAUCAUUUUCUACCAAGUCGCUAACGACAGAGCAGACGGUCUUUCUCUGCAGGAUUUAAUCCACAACUUUCAGCACAACAUUUGCUUCAAAUGCAGGAAACACCACGCUGAGACAGAUUAAAAACAGAUUGCUUCUUGGGUUUUUCUUGGAUUUUAACCACCACUGCUGGAAGUUUCCCCCCGCUGUCACCAUGAGCGCGUGCAGCAGGAAGGCCCUGACGUUGCUGAGCAGCGUCUUUGCAAUCAGCGGCCUGGGGCUGUUGGGAGUGGCGGUCAGCACCGACUACUGGUUGUACCUGGAGGAGGGCGUCAUUAUGCCUCUGAACCAGAGCAUCGACAUCAAGACCUCGCUGCACUCCGGCCUCUGGAGAGUCUGCUUCCUGACCGGUGAAGAGUCCGGUCGCUGCUUCACCGUGGCCUUCGUCAUGCCCAUGAACGUCCAGCUGACGUCAGAGUCCACAGUAAACGUGCUCAAGAUGAUCCGCUCCGCCACUCCGUUCCCUCUGGUCAGCCUCUUCUUCAUGUUCAUCGGCUUCGUCCUCAACAACAUCGGCCACGUCCGGCCCCACCGCUCCAUCCUGCCGUUUGUAUCCGGGAUCUUCUUCAUCCUCUCGGGUCUGGCUCUGGUGGUGGGUCUGGUGCUGUACAUCUCCAGCAUAAAUGAUGAAAUGCUGAACAGGACCAAGAGCAGUGAGGCCUUUUUCACCUACAAGUACGGCUGGUCCUUUGCAUUCGCUGCCAUCUCUUUCCUGCUCACUGAGAGCGCAGGCGUCAUGUCCGUCUACCUGUUCAUGAAGCGCUACUCAGCGGAGCAGAUCUACCAGCGGAGCCACCCGAGUUUCUACCGCCCUCGCCUCAGCGACUGCUCCGACCACUCGGGCCAGUUCCUCCACCCGGAGGUCUGGUCGCGUGGGCGAAGUCCCUCCGACAUCUCGAGCGAAGCCUCGCUCCAGAUGAGCGCCGGCUACCCUGUUCUCCUCAAAUGCCCCGGCUAUGAUCAGGUCUGCUCCUCGCCCUGCUGAGGGGGUCCGCAGAGGCCACCUCGAGAUCACUACAGGGUCACUGGAUCUAUUAGGGCCACAGGGCCUCAUGAGUUUUCAUUCAAGGAGAAGACACAACUUAGAUAUUUAACUGUGAGUUUGCUGUUUUUUUUCCAGGGAGGAAAAAGAUGUGUGCAGCUCUGACUGUGGUGUAAGGACUUUGGAAAUAUCUCCAUCUGAGCCGCUUGUGGCUGUUUAUAGGGUCUGAUAGGCGUUUUGGGGAGUUUGUUAUAUUAGCACCUACAGUCUGCAAGGUUUUAGGAAGAAAAACAAUACAUGGUGAUGGUGUUAUUCAAAAAAAAGUUUAAAUCUGGUGUAUGUUAGAUUACCUAUUGAACUUCCUCUUGAAGAGGAAGAACAAUGUUCUGUAUUUUAUCGGUGUGUUUUACCCUGCAGUGCCUCAUCGCUGUUUUCUUUUUGUGGAUAUCUGUGCCUCCCUCAUUUUGCAAUAAAUAAAUGCUCCUUCUGCUUAAGAACAUUCAUGUCCUAUGUCAGUAUUCAUGUGUCAUGUCACACAGGAAAGGACACGCUCAAUACGUCCUGUCAACAAGCAUCCAGCCUGCUGAAGUGUUGUUGGGUUUGCUUGUUGCUUUGCAUCUUAGUUAUUGAUGUCAUCUUGACAUAACAGUAAGACAUGAUGAAAAUGUUAAUUUCUCUUAUUGGUUUUCUAUAAUACGUGCAGCUGUUGGACAUUACAAUAUAUAUAUAUAUAUAUUUAAAUGAGAGGUGAUGUAAAGAUCUGUAAAAUAAAUGUCUUCACACAGUGAUUCUACAUUUAUCCACUGGGAGGCAAUGUCUGUCAUUUUAUCUUCAGCGGUCACAGUUUGUUUAAAGCUCCUCUGGCAAAACAAGAACAAUUUAAACACUUUGUGAGAUUCUCCACAGUAUUUACUGUCAGGCAGAACAAAUGUAAGUGUUCAAGUACUUUAUGUCUUCAGUUGAUCCAGUGAGUUGGUGGUCAAGAUGGAUUUUACAUUUAUAAUCUCAUUGUAUAAAUCCAAAGACAAUGUCAUUUUUUUGUAUUAAACACAAACGUUACUCUGUGAAUCUAGUGUUUUUGCAGGUAUUAAGACACAAACACUGGCAGAACUAUUUGUGGCACAGUCAUUGAACCGUGAUACUGAACCAUAAGCACAUUGUCUUCCUUACACUAAGUUUGUUAUUCUAAAACACACAUUUUUGCAAAUAAAUACACACGGGUAUCUACAUUAGACACAUCAUUCACAACUAAAAGCCUGCGUGUGUUGUUUGCUCAACACUGCCAUUGAAAUAGCACACUCGUCAAUCGCCUGCACCCAGAAUGCACCUGUGAAAAACCUGUAACCAUUUAGAUCACUUAAUCAGAGCUUGAACAGGAUUCAGGUUUGCUUGUGUGCACAACAGUUCAGGUCAAUUCUGGAGAGAGAGUUAGAGAAAGUAAUUGUGUCUGAUACUCUUAUAGUAACAGCAUACUACAAAGCAAAAUGACAAAGACUCACAGUAGCUCAUCUGUGUGCAGUUAUCCCGUGGAAAGAGCAAUUUAUUUGGUGUUUGUGUAUGAAGUUGUGAUGCCAAAAUACCAUUUUUAGUUUUUAUAUAGUUUUUAAUUAGGUUAAAACAAAACUGUUUUGUGCUUAAUUGAGAAAAACUGUAAUUCUACGAGGCUUCCUUUACUCUAAUCCUUCAUGACUAAAUGUAUGUGGCUUGUAUUCAUAAAUGUAUAUGUCUUCUAAUGUUAUCAUAAUUAUUGACUAUGACUUGUUUAAAAAUUAAAAUGAAGGAAAGAAACCAGUAGAAGGCGCUCUCUCCCCAGUCAUUGUCCGUAUCUUCUCUCCCAGUCUGUUUUCUCUCA